AUUUCACUGCUGCUACUGCUGAUUAUGGAGUCGAAAUAAACUCAUACAUUUCCCAACGUGAAUUGUAUUGCAUUGAUAAAAAUAUUUGUCCGGCCCGUUUUCAACACAGUUUGUGUCAUACCUGGCUUUCGGUCAAAAAAGUUUGGUGACCCCUGCUGUAAAUGAUAAUGAUCUUGACUUGAAAUCAUAUUAAAAAAAUAACAUCACAAAAAUUCAUAACAAAUGAGGAAAUGUUCACUCACAAAUGUUAGAUUUUCAAUAUCUUAAUAAUUGCUAUGCCUAUGCUACGGUAUAUUCUAUCAUACAGUCAUACCAGUAUGAUUGAAUAGUACAGUAAUAAUUGAAUUGUGUAGCUUUUCAAUGAACUAGUCAAUUUUGUGAUUUAUAAUUUAUUCCUAUCAGUUUGCAGCCAAGUCUGUCAAGGUUAUGCUCAUGAGUAGGAUACCACCCAUGUAUGUUAUGACAAAAUAUGUCAUAUUCAUAGCCUUGCUACCAUGCAUUUCAUGUCAACUUAUUUCUGAGAUGUACUGUGGAGAGGAUACAUGUUAUGAUGUUCUUGGAGUUACUAGAGACUCGUCUAAAUCAGAAAUUUCAAGAUCAUAUCGUAAACUUGCUAGAGAAUAUCAUCCAGAUUAUGUACAAAACAAAGGUGCUUCUCCGCAAGAAAUUGAAGAAGCUAUCGAGAAAUUUCAACAAGUUGCUACUGCAUAUGAAACAUUAAAAGAUGCACAAGCAAAAGAAGAAUAUGAUUAUUAUCUGGAUCACCCAGAGGAAUAUUAUUACAAUUACUAUAGAUAUUACAGACGAAAAGUGAAUGUUGAUGUCCGAUAUGUGAUUUUCGGAACCAUAACUGCGAUAUCGGUAUUCCAAUAUAUAAGUUGGAUGACAUCUUAUAAUACAGCCCUAAAUUAUAUGCUGCAUAAUACUAAAUAUAGAAAUAUGGCAAAAGAAGAGGCAAAAUCUAGAGGAUUAAUUUUAGAGAAAAGUGCGCAGAGAAAAAAGGACAAGUUUAAAACCCAAGAGGAAAAGAAAGAAGAUGAAAAUGCAAUAUUACGUAAAGUUAUUGAAGAAAAUGCAGAUAUUAAAGGAGGUUAUCAAAAGCCAAAAAUUUCUGAUGUUUUAUGGAUUCAGAUAUUUCUUCUUCCAUAUCAUGCGAUCAUAUGGACAAAAUUCUAUGCCAGGUGGUUUUAUAGGUACUCGUAUUUGAAGGAUGAAUAUACAGAAGAAGAUAAAAUUUAUAAAAUGAGAAAAAACUUGAAAUUAACUAAAAUGAGAUGGGACGUUUUGGAGGAAAAAGAAAAACAACUUUGUACUAAAAGAAAAUUAUGGAUUAAUGAAAAUGCGAAGCAAUAUAUGGCAGAAAAAGAAGAGGAAGCUAAAAUUAAAAUGGCUGAAGACCCGAGAUGGAAGAGAUACAGAAGAUUUAUGAAUAAGGGUGGUCCAGGGAGAAUGACGUUUGAAGAUUAAUGCUGGCUUUACUUUCUGUAAUACAUUGUUACACAUAGGAAAUUUUAUCUUUCUAGGUACAUUAGAUAAUAUUAAUUUAAUGCAUAAAUAUCCAAAAUACUGAGUUCUCACAAUAUACCUAUUAUUUAUGGCCAGUAAAAACAUUUUUCAAAAUUAAAUGAGAAUUUUUGACUAAGCAAUGGGCUGAACAGCAAAUAAAAU